UUAUUUAUCUGCCGUCGCUGACCCCCUCGACCACCCCGUCGCGCAUCGGCAUCUCUCUCCGGCUGUAUCCAUAUCUCUCCCUCCUCUGCGUUACCCCUCUUCUCCGGUGGAUGUCCCCCAUCCCUCUGUAAUCAACCUGGCGUCCUCUUCGCAACCACAGGGUCUCGAGGAAGACCUCAUCAACCGCUCUCUCCUAGACUCCCUCGAAGCCCAGGGAGACGCUGAACCCUCCCUCCUCUCCCCCUCACAGCAGUUCCCCAUGGCCCAGCCCUCCUCCAAACAAGACCCAGAGGCUACCUCUCCCGAUGCUGCGGAGGCCAGUCCCUUUCCUUCCCUGCCCUUCCGUCUUGCUCCUCACCCCAGUCCCCACUCACAGGCCAACGAUUUCUUCCUGCGUGCAUCCCACUUUCCUCACCAUAUCGACAGCAACAACCUUCACCCAAACCCAGAGUCGCUGUUCACGCAGAACGACCCUCACUCUCUGUACAACAGUGCCAACAAUAUCCAUCUUACUCCUGACUAUCCUUCCGACCCGGACAAUACCCCUAUCAAACAGCCCUCUUCCAAGUCCCCCAACGAUCUUGGUGCCGGACCUUUCAGAUCCUCCUUUGUCCCUUUCAGUGGCAUCAAUGGCGCACAUUCCCCCAACAACAGCGUACCUAAUGUACCACCCAGUUCUUUCCGCAUGCGCCAACAUGAGGGCCUUCUGAGUGGUUCACAAUCCUUUGGAAACGCAACCGAGGUCUACGGUAGCCACCAACCUCUGGGGUUGAAGCACCAACUCUCUCAACAGGGCGUGUCUUCGUCAUCAGCGUUCGAGACCCGCAGUGCCGACUAUGGACCUAAUGUGCCAUUGAGCACCAAACCUUCGCAGCCAUUCACAAUGGACCCGUUCGUGCAGUCCCACUCUGCGAAGUUGCAGUCUCAGCCCCACGAUUCUUUUCACCCCCUUUCCCACAACCCCUCUGCUCCCCAACCGCCUUACCUGAAUGGGGUACAUGUGCAAAGCCAGACUCCCUAUGGCCCCCAUCUUCAAUCCAAUGGUAAUCCGAGGGGGGCAGGAUCUGCGGGACAGCCAAACAGCGCCAUCGACCCCCCUGGCAAUCAGCAAGAGGAGAUUUCCACCAUCUUUGUUGUUGGGUUCCCUGACGAUAUGCAGGAACGCGAAUUCCAAAACAUGUUCACUUUCUCUUCGGGCUUUGAGGCUGCCACCCUGAAGAUCCCAAACAAGGAAUACACAGCCUACGGCACAGGCGGUACAGCUUCCAACUUACCUUUUCGUGGGGGCCAGUCCUAUACUUCAUACCUCAAUUCCGGACAGAACGACCCCUAUAACAUCGUCACCGUUAACCAAGGUGGGGUUGUUGUCGAUAACGGGAGGGACGGCCCUACAACGUCGUGGCCUCCCCUCGCUAUGCAACUUCCAGAUGAUCCCGGUCAUUUCCAGGGAGGUUCCGGUGGUCAGCCUUCUCGUAAGCAGAUUAUAGGGUUCGCCAAAUUCCGCACUCGUCAAGAGGCUCUCGAUGCGAGAGAUGUUCUCCAGGGUCGCCGGAUCGAUGUCGAGAAAGGCGCGGUUUUGAAAGCCGAGAUGGCAAAGAAAAACUUGCAUACCAAACGUGGCGUUGGCAUCGGGAACACGAACCCAUCCGGCAACAAUGGCAUAAAUACCCUUGGGAGCCUGGGUCCGAACAUUGCUGGCCUCGCCAACUUGAAUGGCAUCAGCGUUACUCCCGACGCUUUGGCAGGGCUCACAGCAGGGCUUGGCCUCAAUGCUAACCUGGGCCUGAAUUCUUUAGGAGGCAGCGAUCCUCAUCCCGUUCGCGAAGCCACACUCAGUGCUAUGGGCUACAGGAACCUCGGUGGCGGCUGGAGAGACGGGAGGCUUGGUGACAGUAGCGAGGAGGAAAGGGACCGCGAUGAGCGGGAGAAAAGAAAGGAGGCACUUGCUAUGGGUUUAAGUGCUACCCGCGGGGCUCGUGAACGCGCUCUGGCAGAGGAAGAAUUCCGGAGAAAGGACGUGAAACCAACCCAGAAUGAUACUCUUCGGGUAACCCCGACGCAUGCCUCGCCAUACGAUGCGUUCUAUUCCGUCUCGUCCUCGAGGGGUUCGCAAACCGGUUUUCUCUCUCCUAAUGCGAAUGCCCUGAAUGGUGAUGGCCCGCAAUCGAAUCAAGCUGGCAGCCCCUUUCCCGGCAAUGGCUACGGAACGAUCAUCGCCCAAACAUCUUUGAAAGAUGAUAACAUUCAAAUUCCGACCACCCGCGAUGUGUCUAUUGGUCCUUGGGACGUCGCUUUCCCGCGCGAGCGCGAGUCUCUUGCAUAUUCGGGCCUGUCGUUGUAUGCAACUCGCAAGGGUCCGGCUGUUCCCGCGAGGCCUCCGUCAUCUCAGGACGAGUCCCCAAUGUCCAAUCUGAUGUUAGAUGAUGAGGGCAUGUUACCCGCACACCGCUCUAGCGUCUUUCGCUCUACCCAGUUCUUCGGAUCGGCGGACGAACCAGCUCAGUCACAAGGCGCUCGCCCAUCACUGUCUGUUUCCAGUGCUGCGUCCAGUGCGGGGGCCACCCCAGAAGGGGAGGGUCCGGUGCCACUAGUCGUCAGUACUAGCGCUAAGGUCAGCGUAGGCAGUACCUCUCCUCAGCUUCCAUCCCCGGCCUCCAAUUCUGAGUCGGGAGUAAGCUCAGGGGGACAUGCAGGCAGUCCUUCAAGUGCUGGUGGCGCCAACGCCUCCGGCGGGCCCGGUCCACGAAGUGCCCUUGUUGACCAGAACCCCCCGAUCAAUACGCUUUACGUUGGUAACUUGCCAACGGGCUCAGUGGGCGCUUAUCCUACCGGUGUUCUCGAAGAGAACCUCAGAGAGUUGUUCUCUCGCCGUCCAGGCUAUCGCAAGUUGUGUUUUAGGCAAAAGAGUAACGGGCCGAUGUGUUUCGUGGAGUUCGAAGAUGUACACCAUGCCACAAAAGCGUUGAAUGAGCUUUAUGGUCACCCCCUUGGCGGACUGGUGAAGAACGGUGGUAUUCGCUUGUCUUACAGUAAGAAUCCCCUCGGUGUGCGAACGCCGACCAGUGCUGGCGCUGGGUCGUCUCAGCAGCAACAGAACGUUCAGUUGGCGAAGACAUCCGCACUCCCUGCCGAAGCCUUCCAACAACGCCAGGGCUUCGAGGUAGAUUCAAGUGUCACCGUUAAUAGACGCGAAACCCCAAAUGCAGCUUCCUUCAGUUAUUCCCGGUCGCCUCCUCCGAGGUUUUUUUCUCCACCUCCGUCGGGUAGCUUCGGCGCGGUAGCCUCAGCUGCGCCUUUGAAUACGACCGCCUUCCCACGUGGUUCUCAUUCAUUUGGGCUUUCUCUCGGUGGCUCUGGAGGACCAACUAACUUCUCGCCGUUCUCUCUCCCUCCGUCGUCGCCUCCCGCUCGGUCGAACGCACCGUCUUCGCAUUCUAUUAUACCCGAUCACACGAGCACGGAGGCCACCCUUUCUCAUGGUCACCCUCAGCAUUUCCCCCUUCGCACUUUGUCACCUUCGUCUGCCACGCUAGAGGCCGCCAGGGCCGGUUAAAGGGACAACCUAUUUAAGUCCCGCUAUUUCACCACCACACACGCAAGCAUCUACCACGAACAUCUGCACGUUCCUAUAUAUCUGUACUUACACUCGUGACAUGUUUGACUUCCUUCUCCAUAACUCGUUUCGAUCGCAUGCCUUGAAC